AUGGUACUACAUAACAAGCCAGGCUUUCAAGUAAGCCGUGUUCCCGCGACGGAGGAAGGGGCUCGAACAAUCUGGGAUAUCGAAAUGGCCGCGCAAAACGACAGCAACGAAAAGAAUAAAAGCUCAAUUGGAGACUUGCUCUGGCCAGCCCAUCUCAAGCCUAAAAAGGUCAAGACCGAGACCGAGGCCCCUUCCCGAGCAUCAGAUGGACAAGAUGACGAUAUCCGCCGGAUGGUUCCGAUGCUUGCAGAUCCCAAGAAUACUUACCUGCUAAUAACGGAAGAGACCACCAACAAGGCUGUGGCUUUUUCGUGGUGGGCUCACGCCAAGGGCCAGACAGUAGCCCAGUGGGCAGAGGGAUAUAAGAACCGGUACCGACCGCCGACCAUGAAUGGUGCCUUGAUGGAUGCUACGGGAGGAGUACGUUAUUUGAAGCGGGCGGGUGUGCUUGGGGAGAAGGAAUUCAUGCAUCUGAAAGAAUUGUAUGUUCUUCCAAGCCAUCAGCGUCAGGGGCUUGGGGGUUUGAUGGUGGCAUUUGGUGUCGAUGAGGCAGAUGAGCGUGGCCUGCCUGCUUACACGGAGGCUAGCCCAGAAGGCUUGGGACUAUAUCUCAAGCAUGGGUUUAAAGAGGUUGAUCGAGUGACAGUCGACUUGGAGCAGUGGGGUGGCCCAAAGGGCGAUUUUAAUACCUAUGGGCUUUUGUAUCGUGAGGCGGGUUCGGUUCACUGA